GCCGCCGGCGAGGGUGGUGCGGGCCGCGACCCGGGCGCCCGGGGCCCUGCAGGAUGGAGCAGGCCAAGGGCCGGGGACCCUCCGGGCGGUGCAAACUGGGACCCGGGUACCCCCGGGGUGGCGCAGCUUGGGGACUCGGGGACCCUGUGGGGGUGGCGCGGCCUGAGGACUGGGGAGCCCUGCAGGGAGGUGCAGGCCGGGACCCCGGGACUCUUCUGGGGUGGUGCUGAGGGGCCCCAGCAUGCUUGCUUGGCCUGACGCCAUUUUGAGCAGGGCCUGAGGAGUACGGGGGAGGGUUCAGUUGGAGGACAUGGGCGCAGGAACGAGCGGGGUGUCUGCGGUCGGCCACCUGGCCCCAGAACAGGGAACUGGAGGGUCGGAGGGACAGUUUGUACCCUGGAUGGGAGCCAAGUCAGCAGGCGUGUCGAGCUCGGGGAAAAACCACGAGCUGUCCUGAGUUUGAACCUGGCCUCAUAUGAAUCGUCCAAUCAGAAUCCUGUAAACCAUGGCCUCAUAUGAGUCGUCCAAUCAGAACCCUGUAAAACAUGGCCUCAUACGAAUCGUCCAAUCAGAACCCUGUAAACUAUGCUUCCUGCUUCUGUACCCGCCCUUCCGCUGCCCAACCCUAUAAAAACCCUCCACUCCAGCCCGUCGGCGCGCCAGUCUCUUCAGCCUCUGGAGGGACUGUGUCGCCCCGGGUACCCGUGUUCCGGAAUAAAGCCUCUUGCUGUUUGCAUCUGACUUGUGGUCUCGGUGUGAUCUCUGGGCGAGGGUCUCUCCAGAGGGAAGACUACCUACGGGGGUCUUUCAUUUGGGGGCUCGUCCGGGAUUUGAGACCCCCGCCUCGGGACCACCGACCCACUGUCAGGAGGUAAGCUGGCCGGCCGUCUGUCUGUAUUGUCUCAGUCUGUUUACUUGUCUUUCGUUUUCGUCGGACGUCCUAAGUCAGGUCUGAGUCGGUGGGGGCUGAAGGAGCUGACGAGCUCGGACUUCGCCCACCGAAACCCUGGAAGACGUUCCACGGGUAUCUGAAGUCCCCUCUGGGGCACGGAAAGUCCCCUCUGGGGCACGGAAAGUCCCCUCUGGGGCACGGGAAGUCCCCUCUGGGGCACGGGAAGUCCCCUCUGGGGCACGGUUUUUCGGGGCCACCCACGCAUCAGAAGGAUACGUGGUACUGGCAGGGGACGGAGAAUUCAAACACUCCGCGUCCCCAUCUGAGUUUUUGCUUUCGGUUUUACGCCGGAGCCGCGCAGCGAAAAAUUCUGUGGUCUGUCUUGUCUGUUUGUUUCUCGUUGUGUGUUUAACCCUUCUUUAUUUGGAGACCACCAUGGGACAGGCUGUCGCCACCCCAUUGAGCCUAACCAAGGACCACUGGUCCGAUGUUAAGGCCCGAGGAAACAAUGAAGGUGUCAUUGUCAGGAAGAAGAAAUGGAUCACCUUCUGCGAGGCCGAAUGGGUCAUGAUGAAUGUCGGCUGGCCGCGAGAGGGAUCUUUUAACCUCUCUCUUAUUUCGCAGGUGGAGGGUAAGGUUUUCGCCCCUAGCCCUUAUGGGCAUCCCGACCAGGUCCCAUAUAUCACCAUCUGGAGAUCACUGGUCGAGAACCCAUUUCCAUGGGUUAAGCCUUUCCUUCCGCAGCCCCCUCCAGUCUCUGGGCCUUCUGCGCCCCCCAACCCAGACUCCUCCCUUUACCCCGUGCUCCCUCACAAGGAGACUCCUAAGCCUCCAGUCCUUCCCCCAGACCCCAAUACUCCCCUUAUAGAUCUCCUGACGGAGGACCCACCACCAUAUCGAGCCGGACCACCUGGAGAGCCGGCCAAAGCGGCCCCAGCCGCCGCCCCGGUGGCGGCGUCCCCGGCCGUGCCCGUGGCAGAUCCGGAAGUCACCUCGACUCGCAGGACCCACGGGGCUGAAGAAGAGGACGCAGCCCCGUCCCCCAUUGCCGGCCGCCUCCGCGGCCGCCGGGAUGGCCCCCCUAUUGAGUCCAGGGCCUUCCCGCUCAGAGAGGGGCCGAAUCGCCAGUUGCAGUACUGGCCCUUUUCAGCCUCAGACCUCUAUAACUGGAAACAACAUAAUCCCCCUUUCUCCAGGGAUCCUGUUGCCUUAACCGGCCUAAUUGAGUCCAUCCUAGUGACUCACAGGCCGACUUGGGACGACUGUCAGCAGCUCCUGCAGACCCUCUUAACAGUAGAGGAGAAGCAGAGAGUUUUCCUGGAGGCCCGGAAGCAGGUUCUGGGCGACGAUGGGAGGCCAACCCAACUCCCAAAUAUCAUCGAUGCAGUUUUUCCCUUGACCCGCCCAGACUGGGACUUCAAUACACCUGAAGGUAGGGAGCAUCUACGUCUCUAUCGCCAGUUGCUCUUAGCGGGUCUCCGAGCGGCCGCCAGAAGGCCUACCAAUUUGGCUCAGGUAAGGAAUGUGAUACAGGGAAAGGAAGAAACACCCGCUGCAUUUUUAGAGAGGCUGAAGGAGGCUUAUAGGAUGUACACUCCGUAUGAUCCAGAAGACCCAGGGCAAGCACCAGGUGUCAUCCUAUCAUUUAUCUAUCAGUCUAGCUCAGAUAUCAGAACCAAAUUGCAGCGGCUGGAAGGCUUACAGGCGCUAGGUUUGCCAGACUUAUUGAAGGAAGCAGAGAAAGUGUUCAAUAAGAGAGAAACUCCUGAGGAGCGUGAGGAAAGGAGAUGGCAGAAACAAGAGGAAAGGGACAAGAAACAGCAUAGGGAGAUAAAAAAGGUUUUGGCCGCCGUUGUGUCUCAGGGACAGCGGAGAGAGGGAGAUAGGUCGGGAGAGCGAAGGAGGCCACCCCUUGAUAAAGAUCAAUGUGCUUACUGCAAGGAGAAGGGACACUGGGCCCGAGAGUGCCCCAAGAAGCUACAAGGACCCCGCCGGCCCAAGCCCAAGACUGUAGACCUCCUUAGUCUGGAAGACUAGGGGAGUCGAGGCCAGGAGCCCCCCCCUGAGCCUAGGAUAACCCUCAAGAUCGGGGGGCAGCCCGUGACCUUCCUGGUUGAUACUGGUGCCGAACAUUCAGUCCUAACCCAUGCCGGAGUGCCUCUUAGCCGGCAUUCUGCACUGGUGCAGGGGGCAACUGGAAACAAGAGGUAUUACUGGACUGCCGAGAGAAAAGUCCAACUGGCAUCAGGGCAAGUAACUCACUCCUUUCUGCACAUACCUGAAUGCCCCCAUCCGCUGUUAGGACGGGACCUAUUAACCAAAUUGAAGGCACAAAUCUAUUUUGAUGAGAAGGGACCGAGGGUCACGGGUCCUAAAGGAGACUCUCUACAAAUCCUUGCCCUCAGUUUAGAAGAAGAAUACCGUUUGUUUGAACCAGAACCCCCGGAGAAAUCUCCUGAGGAACUACAGAACUGGCUGAGAGAGUUUCCUCAGGCCUGGGCAGAGACUGGGGGCUUGGGGCUGGCACACGAUCAGCCACCGCUGGUGAUCUCACUAAAGGCCUCCGCAACUCCCGUUUCAAUUAGACAAUACCCAAUGUCACGGGAAGCUCAUGAGGGGAUCAAGCCCCAUAUUCGAAGGCUCCUAGACCAAGGGGUGCUAAAGCCCUGCCAGUCCCCUUGGAACACCCCUCUCUUGCCUGUUAAGAAACCGGGGACAGGGGACUACAGGCCGGUCCAGGACUUGAGAGAGGUCAAUAAGCGGGUGGAGGACAUACACCCCACGGUGCCCAACCCCUAUAACCUUCUGAGCACCCUCCCACCGACCCACGUCUGGUACACUGUGCUAGACCUGAAGGAUGCCUUCUUUUGUUUGAGACUGCACCCUCAAAGUCAAAUGCUAUUCGCUUUUGAAUGGAGGGACCCAGAAAAAGGGCUCUCGGGACAGUUAACCUGGACCCGGCUCCCUCAGGGCUUCAAAAAUAGCCCAACCCUCUUUGAUGAGGCCCUACAUGCAGAUCUGGCCGGAUUCCGGGUCGAACACCCAACCCUGACUCUGCUCCAGUAUGUGGAUGAUCUACUCCUGGCGGCCAGGAGUCGAACCGAGUGCCUGGAGGGCACUCGAGCCUUAUUGGCCAGACUCGGACAAAAGGGCUAUAGAGCCUCAGCCAAAAAGGCUCAAGUAUGCCGAGACAAGGUUACCUACCUGGGCUACACCCUGAGCGGGGGGCAAAGAUGGUUAACAAGAGCAAGGAAGGAGACGAUAAUCUCCAUCCCCCCUCCUUGGAACCCCCGCCAAGUUCGAGAGCUCCUGGGUACGGCUGGGUACUGCCGCCUUUGGAUUCCUGGCUUUACCGAACUGGCAGCCCCAUUGUACCCCCUCACUAAACCAGGGGCCAUGUUCCAAUGGGAGGAGAAGCAUCAGAAAGUGUUCCAACAGAUCAAGAAGGCCUUACUCGAGGCCCCGGCUCUGGGUCUGCCAGAUCUAACCAAGCCCUUUGAGCUGUUUGUGGAUGAGAACUCAGGUUUUGCCAAAGGGGUACUGGUGCGACUGGGACAUUGGAGGAGACCUGUAGUGUACUUGUCAAAAUUGGACCCGGUGGCUACAGGAUGGCCAUCAUGCCUCCGCAUGGUGGCAGCCAUUGCCAUAUUACUCAAGGAUGCCGGGAAGCUGACUGUGCUGGCCUCCCAUGCAGUGGAGGCCUUGGUCCGACAACCACCGGACAGAUGGCUUUCUAACGCCAGAAAUCAGGCCUUACUACUGGACUCAGACCGGGUAAAUUUUGGGCCGACAGUUUCCCUUAACCCUGCUACCUUGCUGCCACUGCCUAGCCCCUCCGAGGAGCAUGACUGCCUCCAGAUUCUAGCCGGCACCCGCCCUGAUCUGAAGGAUCCAGACGCUGUCUGGUACACAGAUGGGAGCAGUUUCCUGGAGGAGGGGGAACGCAGAGCCGGGGCAGCUAUAACCACCGAAUCGGAAGUGGUAUGGGCAUCGUCACUCCCGCCCGGGACAUCGGCCCAGCGUGCAGAACUGAUUGCGCUCACCCAAGCUCUCCGGAUGGCAGAAGGUAAGAAGCUCAUAGUUUAUACUGACAGCAGAUAUGCCUUCGCCACUGCGCAUGUCCACGGGGAAAUCUACAGACGGAGAGGCCUGCUGACGUCCGCGGGUAAGGAAAUCCCAUACAAGAACCACAGAAAGAAAAUGGGGGCGGACUGGGAACAAGGAAGACAAGCAUAUAUACUAGGGGACCGGAUGGUCAUGCCAACCUCCCAUACCCGAUACAUGCUGAGAUUCCUCCAUGCAUUGACCCAUUUGAGCAAAAACGAGAUGAAGACCCUAUUGGACAGAGAAAACACCUGGGCAGUGCUGCUGAACCAGGAUCAGGUACUCCAGCAGGUAACUUCUACCUGCCCAGCCUGUGCUCAAGUCAACGCAGGAAAGGUUCAUCUAAACAAGGGGUAUGGGAUGCCUCAAAUAUUGGGGUCGGAUAACGGGCCUGCCUUCGUCUCUCAGGUAAGUCAGAAGGUGGCCAAACUAUUGGGGGUUGAUUGGAAACUCCAUUGUGCAUACUGCCCCCAGAGCUCAGGACAGGUAGAACGAGCUAAUAGAACAAUCAAGGAGACUUUAACCAAAUUAACGCUUGCAACUGGCACUAGAGAUUGGGUGCUCCUACUUCCCUUGGCUCUCUACCGAGCCCGAAAUACUCCUGGCCCACACGGCCUAACCCCUUUUGAGAGCAUGUAUGGGGCCCCACCUCCUGUUGUAAACUUUCUCCAUCCUGAUAUUUCAUCUUUUGCCACCACCCCUACUUUAGAGGCACAUCUUCAAGCCCUCCAACUGGUGCAGAGGGAGAUCUGGAAGCCCCUGGCCAAGGCUUAUCAGGAGCAGCUAGCCACAUCCCUAUUCUUCCCCAUGAAUGGAGGAUUCCAUUCCCGAGAUAAGAAAAUGGGGGAAUGAAAGGCCGCCAGGAGCGGAGCCGCGGGCAGCACAGGCCAGGCCGC